GUAUCUCUUGAAUGCGAGACUGAUCUUCCAUCGAGCUAGCUAAUACAUUUACUUUAUUUUCACAUAAAUUAUGUCACACAGUCACGGAGAAGACGAUUGCUGCUCGGAAGACCACGGGAGUGUUGGCCAAUCGAGAUUGGAGAGCUAUGUAUUCAGUUGUGAAUUAUCCUCCAAAGUACCGUUCUACACAUUCCAAGGGGAUGAAGAGGAGGAUUUGGAACACUUUCUCGAGCUACGGACGGUUUGCUUGGGAGAGGGAGCGAAGGAGGAGAGUAAUGUGGUGGAGGUGACUGCUAUGAACCACCAGGGGAAAACUAUUUCUGUACCUGUCGCCAACCUCCAUAUCAACUGCUUGCCAAUGGUGAGUCUUGGGGAGUUUGAGCUGAAGGCCCCUGUCACCAUUAGACUGAAGUCGGGUACCGGACCAGUGACCGUUAGCGGUCUGCACCUCAUUGCCUCUGACAACGCUGACUCUGACUUGUCUAGCGAAGAAGAAGACUUGGACGAAGAGAUAAUCCCCAUCAAACCAGCCAAAAAGAAACAGAAGUUGUAAAGGGACUGGAUAUCUGAUUAACAAAUGUUUUUUUUAGGGAAUAAAGAUCUUGUACCAAUAGGAAACAUGAAAUUCACAUUCUCUAUCCCACUGCAAAGUUGUUUAGGAAUGUGGGAAGAAAAAUACCGUGGGGAAAUUAUGGAUGAAAGGUGCACGAAUAUGGACCUCAUUUUUGAUCUUUGAUUGUGGCCAUGUUUGCGUUGUGGUUACUGAACCAUGUCCUAGGGAUUAGUCUACUCUUUUUGGCCUGUUGGAGCGAGCUCUUGUUUUCAACUGCGGAAGUGUUUGGGUUCAUUAUAAAGAAUCAAUUGCAAUGUAUUAAAUACAAUCAAGAUCC